UACAAUAUAACGGAUUUUAAGGAUAGCGGUUCUCCUGUCACGCUAAUUAUUGCACAGGGUUCUUCUCUGGACUGGGCAAACAAGAUAUACGAGCAGGUCAGUGUGAGGCUGUAUCGUAUCAGGACUGACCAGAUCAGUCAGCAUUGGUCAUACAACGUAUAAACCAAAAGUUAACCCUACAAGACGCACCUGACCCUCCAAACAUGACCUUUUUCUUCCCAUCAUUGAGUUAAGAGAACUAUCACAGAACAAUACACAUACAGAUUUCUCCCCAUUAACAUAGAUCAGAUCACCCUAAUCACUCUUUCCAUUCGUUUAUCACAUUGUCCCUUGCUUGUAUACACCCAUCAUGUAUGGCAGUGCCCGCUCUGUGGGCAAAGGAGAGGGAAAUCAUAGCGGUGGCAGUAAUCAAAGCCCUGGACGCUCACCCCGCCUGCCACGUUCACCACGACUGGGUCAUCGGCGAACCAACAGCACAGGGGGCGGUGCAGGAGGGGCCGGAGGUCCUGGGGGUAAGACGCUGUCCAUGGAGAACAUUCAGUCACUCAAUGCCGCCUAUGCCACUUCUGGCCCCAUGUACCUGAGCGACAACGAGGUGGUGUCCUCAGGCCCAGACCUGCCAAAGAGCACUAUGACUCUGGGGCGGUCCGGGGGCAGGCUGCCUUAUGGCAUCCGCGCCACUGUCACGGGCAGCAGCCCCAACAUCGCGACAGGAGCCCCCGGGUCAGUGCCUAGCGACGCCAUUGCAUUCGGUGAUCAUCACAUGCCCUCCAGCUUGGCCUCUACGGUGCCACACUCGCUGCGCCAGGCACGAGACAACACCAUCAUGGAUCUGCAGGCUCAGCUAAAGGAGGUGCUGAGAGAAAAUGAGCUCCUCCGGAAGGAGGUGGAGGUCAAGGAAAGCAAGCUUAGCUCCUCCAUGAACUCUAUCAAGACGUUCUGGAGCCCGGAGCUGAAGAAAGAACGAGCCUUGCGCAAAGACGAGGCUUCCAAGAUUGCUGUUUGGAAAGAGCAGUAUCGAGUGAUGCAGGAUGAAACACAGCACCUUCAGAUGACCAUCCAGGCUCUGCAGGAUGAGUUGCGAAUCCAACGGGAUUUGAACCAGCUGUUCCAGCAGGACGGCACGGCUCGACCCGGAGAGCCCUUCACUGCCGAACUCACCGAGGAGAACUUCCAACGUCUGCACAGUGAGCAUGAACGGCAGGCCAAGGAACUCUUCCUCCUGAGAAAGACUCUGGAGGAGAUGGAGCUGCGUAUAGACACACAGAAACAGACCCUGUGUGCCAGGGACGAAUCUAUAAAGAAACUUCUGGAGAUGCUACAGAGUAAAGGCUUGUCGGCCAAAGCCAGCGAGGAAGACCACGAGCGGACGCGGCGUUUGGCGGAGGCAGAGAUGCACAUACACCACCUGGAGAGCCUGCUGGAGCAAAAGGACAAGGAGACAGCUGCUCUCAGAGAGGACUUACACCGACGCUACGAAGGAGCACCAGAAUCUGCCAAGACCAAAGCCCUCCAGACUGUCAUUGAGAUGAAGGACUCUAAGAUCAGUUCCCUGGAGCGCAGUCUGAGGGAUUUGGAGGAGGAGGUUCAGAUGUUGAAGUCCAAUGGUGCUCUGAGCACAGAGGAAAGAGAAGAGGAGAUGAAGCAGAUGGAGGUCUACCGCAGCCACUCCAAAUUUAUGAAAAACAAGGUUGAGCAGCUGAAGGAGGAGCUGUCUCAGAGUGAGGCCCAGGGGGAGGAGCUAAGAAAACGAUUGGCUGAGACGCAGCAGGAAAUUGACCAGGUGAAACAAGACUUGUCCAGGAAGGACACAGAGUUACUGGGGCUGCAGACCAAACUGGAGACAUUAACCAAUCAGUUUUCAGACAGCAAGCAGCACAUUGAGGUGCUCAAAGAAUCUCUCACUGCCAAGGAGCAACGUGCUGCCAUCUUACAGACAGAGGUUGAUGCUCUGCGUCUGCGUUUGGAGGAGAAGGAGGCCAUGCUGAAUAAGAAGACUAAACAGAUCCAGGAGAUGUCUGAGGAGAAAGGAACUCUGAACGGAGAGAUACAUGACCUCAAAGACAUGCUAGACGUAAAAGAACGGAAAGUUAAUGUACUGCAGAAAAAGAUUGAGAAUCUGCAGGAGCAGUUGAGAGAUAAGGAGAAGCAGAUGAGCAGUCUAAAGGAGAGAGUGAAAUCUCUACAGGCAGACACCUCCAAUACUGACACAGCUCUUACCACAUUAGAGGAAGCCCUGGCAGAGAAGGAGCGUAUUAUUGAGCGUUUGAAGGAGCAGAGAGACAGAGAUGAGAGAGAGAAGAGUGAAGAGCUUGAGAGCAACAAAAAAGAACUGAAAGAGCUGAAGGAGAAAGUCAGUCUACUACAGGGAGACCUGUCUGACCGAGAGACGUCUCUGUUGGAUCUGAAGGAACACGCCUCGUCACUGGCCUCCUCUGGUUUGAAGAAAGACUCCAAACUCAAGAGUUUAGAGAUCGCUCUGGAGCAGAAAAAAGAGGAGUGCAUAAAACUGGAGAACCAGCUCAAAAAGGCUCAGACAGCAGCUGUGGAGGCUCAGGCUAAUACAGAGCUGUCUGAACGUAUUGCCGCGCUGGAGCAAGAAGUGACCCGUCACAAAGAGGACGCUGGGAAGGCGCAGGCUGAGGUGGACCGGCUGCUGGAGAUUCUGAGAGAGAUGGAGAAUGAGAAAAAUGACAAGGAUAGGAAGAUCAGUGAACUGGAGAAGCAGAUGAAGGAUCAGAGUAAGAAGGUGGCCAAUCUUAAGCACAAAGAACAGGUGGAGAAGAACAAGAAUGCCCAGCUGAUGGAGGAGGCUCGCAAACGAGAGGACAACAUUAACGAGAGCUCCCAGCAAGUCAAGGACUCCCUGCGUCAGAAGGACGAGCGUAUUGAGGAGCUUGAGGAAGCACUGAGGGAAAGCGUCCAAAUCACGGCGGAGAGAGAGAUGGUGCUGGCUCAGGAGGAGGCAGCGCGCACACACGCCGAGAAACAGAUGGAGGAGCUGCUUGCGGCCAUGGAGAAGGUGAAGCAGGAGUUGGAGUCAAUGAAGGCCAAGCUGUCCUCCACACAGCAGUCUCUGGCUGAGAAAGAGGCUCAUCUGACCACACUUAGAGCAGAACGCAGGAAGCACCUGGAGGAGGUACUGGAGAUGAAACAGGAGGCACUGUUGGCAGCCAUCAGUGAGAAAGACGCCAACAUCGCCCUGUUGGAGUUGUCCUCCUCUAAGAAGAAGAAAACACAAGACGAGGUGGCUCUACUCAAAAGAGAGAAAGACAGACUUGUUCAGCAACUCAAACAGCAGACACAGAACCGUAUGAAGUUGAUGGCUGAUAACUAUGAGGAUGACCACCUGAAGGCCUCCUCACAGUCUGAUCAGACCAAUCACAAGCCCUCUCCAGAUCAGAUCAUCCCCCCUCUCUUAGACCUGAAUCAGAACCGCAGUAAACUGAAACUUUACAUUGGCCACCUCACAGCCCUCUGCCAUGAGAGAGACCCCCAAAUCCUACAAGAUUUAGCCCCACCCUCGUCUUACCACCGCAGUCAAUCAGAGAGCUGGGAGGAGGAGCUACAGAAGAUGAGCCCUGAGCAGUUGGAGUAUGAAUUGGAGCAGUGUGAGAGAGAAAGUGCAGAGCUGCAGGAGUAUGCCAACUCAGUGCUCCAGCAGAUUGCUGAUCACUGCCCUGACAUCUUGGAGCAGGUCGUCAAUGCCCUGGAGGAAGAAUCCUGCUGACAUCACACAUCACAGCUCCUAACAGCUAAUAAGGAAACUCUCACAAAAUCCUCCUUUACCACUGCCACAUACAUAUACAACCCAAGUACUGACUCCUCGCCUCCUCCUCCUAUA